UCAAAAGUGGUUAUUCAAAAGGGCUUUUGUUGGUUAUUUUCAAUAUUAAAAACAGCAUUUUUUAAAAAACCUAUGCUGUUCUUAUUUGGAACUACGAUUCAUCCAGUCCAUGUUUAUACCGUACGUCACAUCAUGAACCAAAACGGAUUCUUGCGCGUGCUGAUGCUGGCCGGCUGCAUAGCCUUGACCGUCUUGCUGACCCUUCACCUUCGUCCCCACGUCAUCAACUACAUGGUCACGCCCACCGGAAGUCAGGCUGACGUAAGCAACAUGGCGGCAAAUAAAGAAGUUGGACAAGUUAAGGCACAAGACACGACGGGUAACCUCUUUAACCCGCUUCAACUCAAGGAGGAUUUUGGUUCAGGACCAUUGAGCAUUGUGCGUCAAAAAGGCUAUGUCACAGACCUAUCCAGCUUGGAUCUAGACAGGUUAUCCACAGAUGAGCUCCUGAUGACAAUCCAUAGUUAUCCAGAUAACGCAGAUGUUUUAUGUCGAAGAAAGAUCCGUAUGGGGAAGGUAGGUGACGGGGGGUGGGAGAUCUGUGACGACCCAGACAUCCGCCCCCGGGCACCCUGCAUCAUCUACUCACUCGGCAUCAACUACGACUUCUCGUUUGACGACGACGCCGCCAAGCUGUACGACUGCCACGUGUACUCAUUCGACCCCAGCAUGGCUAAAGAAAAAGAUCAAUACGACAGAUCUGAAAAAGUCCAUUUCUACAAGAUUGGCCUGGACGGAAGCACAAACAAAAACAGCAAAAACUGGCAGCUCUACACGUUAGGUGACCUAAGGAAAAAACUAGGCCACCAAAACUCGACCAUCGACGUCAUCAAAAUGGACAUUGAGAGCUCCGAAUGGGGGGCGCUGCCAGAGAUGGCGUCUUCCGGCGAGCUGGCAAAAGUCCGGCAACUCCUGCUGGAGUUUCACGUGGUGAGUGCAUCACGUGACUACCUUCUGCCGAGACUGAAGGCCAUGCAGGCCAUCGAGAGAAGUGGGCUGAGAAAGUUCUACGCGCAUAAAAACCACGCAUGCGUCACGACUAUUCCGGGAUUUCCCGUUGCACGGACGAUGUGCUACGAGGUGCAUUUCCUCAGGAGGUGACCAGCUACCUAGACUUUAGAAUAACUGCAUCAACAUUCAAAAGUCUACGUGAUUAUUAUUUUUUGUUCAAAUAUUGAUUAAAUUUCUAUUUUUUUAUUGUGCCUUAUUGAAAGCGAGGUAAGUUUUUAUAAAAACGUCAACGUAAUAAAUUCAAUGCAAUUAUUUUUGCUUGUUUUCAUAACCCUAAACAGAACCCUUGUGCUUACCCUAAAAAAAACCCAAGAUCAAACCAAGAGUUAACCAGAAUACGAACCCGGAUAUCAACAGAAAUAUUUAUUGGGGUGUCUUAAAAAAAAGAAACUCAAUAUGACAUCAUUUUUAUAAGAACAAUGGCUUUUCAAAUAGUAGAUUCUAAAAAAGGGCAUAGAAAUGAAGGUGGUUUACAAUUUCAAUUUAAAAAAACUUUAAAUUUCAACAAAUUACCUCCAAUUGAGCCUGCAGUUACAUUACUCUGAGUACUCUAUGGGUUAGAAAUAUUUUGUUAACUCUUUAUCAAACACGUUUUAUUUCUGUUUUAAUCGUUGACUUUUAAAUUAUUUUUCAUGUGGUGCUCUGUUAUGGGUAUUUUAACUUCGCUAGCUUUUUAUAGUACCCGUAGAUUAGCCAUACCCACAUAUUCGUGUAUUUGGUAUCAUCGAUAUCAUUACACUACCAGUGAUCAAAGAUCCAGCUUAAAUUAUAACCCGACUAUUCCAACAAGUGUGUAUGGCAAUAGUUAAACUGUUUUUUCUAUAGUAUUUAGAGGGCUUACAUUUUUUAUCAUAAUUCUAAAAAAUUGUGAUUAUAUAUAUAUAUAUAUAUAUAUAUAUAUAUAUAUAUAUAUAUAUAUAUAUAUAUAUAUAUAUAUAUAUAUAUAUAUAUAUAUAUAAACGUGUGGGGUGUUUGAGUGAAAUUGGGGCAGAUUGUGAUGUAGAUACAGAGUUGCUAUGGCGUUUGCAAAGGGAGAGAAACCACUUAAACAACAACCACACAACAGUCCAAAUGGAAGUGCUGUAAUCUAAAUUAUUAUCUGAAACUAAACGAGUGUUAAAGUUGAAUCUCUAUCUUUGAAUGUAUUCAAUGCAGUAAAAAAAGUUUUUAAAAAAAAAAGAACUUACCCUUAAAUUAAUUUCUUGUUUUGUUUGUUUAGUAUAAGAAUAAUUUCCCCAAUCGAAUACGCUUUUACCUAUUGUUUUGAAUUAGUAUGAGCAUUUCCGGUUUGAUAAUACAAGCUCAAUACAAGCAACCAUUUUGUUUUUUGUGACAUGUGAUAGCAGCAAUCAUUCCUUUUCUACGUGCUAAAUUUGUGUUUAUUAUAUCUAUAUAAUUAUUUGCAUAUCGUUUGUGUGUUGGUCACUUUUUAGAUUACUUUAUUACUGAGAGGAUUUUGCUUCAUGCUUCAUCAGCUCAUCAGGGUUCACUAUGAACCACAGUAUGCAACAUGUACAAUAUUUUAUGUAAAAAAAAAUGUGUUAUAUUUAUGCUAUGUUGAUAUACAAAAGAAAAUGUAUAAUUUUUUAAAGGGGUUUCUUUGCAUUAAAACUUAAAUCAAGUUUAUUUUAUGAAAGCAUGCUGUGUAGUUGAAUACGUUAUUUUUUUAAAAUUUUGAUGAAGAUGUAAAACUGCUUUUAUAAUUCUGGGUUGAAAUAGAUGUGAAAUGAAUUUAACAAAUGAUGAUGUAAAAAAUGUUUUUUAAAAAGCUUAUAUUGGUGUGAAAAUGUAAUUUUUGCUCAUAUGUUUGUGAAAACUGUUUUUUUUAAAAUAAUGAAUAGAUGUUACAACUUUAGAUCUUUUUUAAAGAAUAAAUAAUUGUAAAAAAAAUUGGUUUGAAAAAUAACGGUUGAUACCUAUUUAAAUGCUUGGUUUUAUAAAAGGAGUUAAUUGCCUUUUUUUGUUUAACCUCUAAAGAUGGUAUAUUGGUUUUUAUUUACGAAUUAAAACUAAUUGCUGUGAAUGUGUUAGAAUCUAACACUGUACAAAAAUGCAAUUUCUCUUUAAAGCUGUAAUAUUAACAUAUGUUAUUAUUGUAUUUACAUUCAUUUUUAAAUCGUGGAAUAAA